UGAUGAUGAUAGUAGAAAUAGGCAUAAUGUACCUUCCUUAAGCAGCUCAUUUGUGGAUGUGGAUGUAGAAGAUGACAUUUGGGAUAGACAGAUUGGGCAUGGUCAACAAUGGAUCAUUCCCGGUGCUCUAUAUCAAGCGUCACUUCCUUGUGAGGAAUUAGGAAUAACCAAAGGGUUCAACCGUGAUACACUAUCAGAAGGAUCUACAUUUAUGGAUAAAGAAAGCUUGAAGACUGCACUGGGGCUAUAUCAUUUGGUAAAUCGUGUAGAAUUUGUUGUUGAGCGAUCUGAUAAGUGUAGAUUCUCAGUUGUUUGCAAGUAUAGUGAACAAUGCCCAUUCUUACUACGUGCUACAGCGCAUGGGACUGUUUGGAAGGUUAUCAAAUGGGUUGCUCCGCACAGUUGUCAGAUUGACUUGAGAAAUCACGGUCCUAGAACAGUGUCAGCAAGGACGAUAGGAGCAUUUUUUGCUCCAACAUUGAUGAAUGAAGGUGCUGUUUUGAAGCCUAAGGAGAUGCAAGCACAAUUGAGAAGAGAAUAUGGGUUUGUAGUUGAUUAUCAGAUGGCACUGAUUGGGAGGAAUCAUGCUAUCAGUAUGAUAUAUGGAGAUACAGAUAAGUAUUUUCAAUUAUUACCUUCAUAUUUGUACAUGUUGCAAGAAUCUAACCCCGGUUCUAUUGUUGCAUUACAAACUGACCCUGUUGAUCGUUUUCAAUAUGUUUUUAUGGCUAUUGGUGCUUGUGUAAAUGGAUUUAAGUCUUCUUGUCGUCCUGUCAUAGUUGUGGAUGGCACACAUUUGAAAGGAAAAUAUAGAGGUAUUAUGUUUGUUGCUGCUACAAAAGAUGGAAAUGAACAGGUGUUUCCAUUGGCUGUGGGAAUUGGUGAUAAGGAGAAUGACAGUUCAUGGAUUUGGUUUUUCAACCAAUUGAAAAGAACUUUUGGUUGCCCUGAUGAUUUAUUGUUUGUUUCUGACCAAUACCGAAGCAUCAAGAAUGCUAUUGCUACUGUGUAUCCCGGAAUUCCUCAUGGUGUUUGUACAUAUCAUUUGCAGCAAAAUAUAUCAAGAUGGGGUGCUCAUGUGGUUGCUAUGUAUCAAAAAGCAUCCAAAUGUUACCGAAGUCGGGACUUUGAUAAGCAAAUGUCAAAAAUUGCUUUGACUUCUAAGCAAAAUGCAUUUAAGAAAUUGAUGGAUGUUGAUCCAAUACGGUGGUCCCGUAGUAAAUGUCCAGUACGACGGUAUGAGUUUCUUACUUCUAAUUGUGCAGAAUGCUUGAAUGGUCGUCUUAGAUGGGCUCGUAGAUUGCCAGUAUGCACUCUUUUGGAAUGUGUACGGACAUUGAUUGCACAGUGGUUUGUUGAGCGACGUAAUAAAGCUUCGGUGAGAACCCAUAUUUUAACUGAAUAUGCGGCAAAAAAGUUAGAGAAUUCCAUUGAAGAUGGACGGACCAUGGAUGUCCAGCCAAUUACAUCAAUGAAAUAUAAGGUUUCAUGUGGAACAAAGACGUAUGUGGUUGAUCUGAAUGCUAACACUUGCUUGUGUCGGGAAUUUGAUCUUGAUUUGAUUCCUUGCGCUCAUGCUGCCGCGGUAAUAAGUAAAUCAAAACAGAGUUUAUUUUCAUAUGUGUCGAGCUACUACACAACAGAGACAUUGCGUGAGAUAUAUUCGGGUGAGGUGAUGCCAAUCUUGCAUCCAGAUGAGUGGUGUGUGCCAGUAGAAGUGAAAUCAAGACAAGUGUUGACACCACCUCAGCCUACACAGGCAGGACGUCCACGGACAAGUAGAAUCGAAUCUUCUAGCCGAUUAUCUAGAGCUUGUUCGAGAUGCAACCAAAGCGGUCAUUACCGUUCCAAAUGCAAAGAGGCCAUUCCAAUAUCACAAGAUGAACACAUUGCUAGUAACGAGUCAGAAGUUGUUGGGUCCCGUAGGCGCAAAUGUUGUGGCAUAUGUGGUGAAGUUGGGCAUAAUCGUCGAAGAUGUACAAAAUUUGUGACGUCUUGAAUGAUUUAUGUCAAUUUGUCUAAGACUUUGGAUGUAUGCUAUUUUUAAGACUACUCUAGUUUGGAUAUGCUCUUGUUUAUGUUAUUUUUAAGACUGUGGA